GAGAAAGUACUUCCUCUAAUCUCUGUUUAGUAUGUUAGUAUGUACCUGUGGGAAUACAACAAAAAUACACCCUUUAACUUUUCGUAUUAAUUACGUUUGGAUAAGUCGCAAAAAGGUUAAACCAACACGAACAAAAACAUUGACUAUUUUCUCUUCAAAAAUCAAAACAAAUAAGAAAUGGCAGUGGUUAGACUGGUCUGUGGUGUCUUUUUCAUACAUGCAUUAGCAACAUCCGUUGCAUCACCGCAAGUUGCUGACAGACCAGAACAUGUUACAUCUCAGCCUCCUGAAGCCUUGAAGGAAGCAAAUGAAAACUCAGAUGGCAGCGAUCAGCCUUCCUUCGUCACUGUCGAAGACGCGCCGGAAACGUCCGGCGAUGCCCCGCGAGUCGCAGCGGAAGACGGGACCGACGGCGACGCACGGGCAGCCGAGGAGAGCGCGGGCAGUGAAGUGAAGAACACGUCGGCCAUAGUUAUUGCGUGCUCCAUCGUCCCGGACGCCGUAGCUCAGCCGGUGGAGCUGGUGAACUCCACCCGGCUGGUGAGCAUCCUGGCCGUCGACCCCAACGUCACCAGCCGGCGCACGCCGGCCGACUGCGCUGUCGUCCUGUUCCACGCCCGGUCGUGCCCCUUCAGCAGCAUGGCGGCGCCGCACUUCAACGCCCUGCCCAGGGCCUACCCCGGCAUCAAGAUGGUCGCCGUGGACGCCAUGAAGUUCCACUGUUUCAACACGCAGUAUGGCAUCGUUGGUGUGCCGACAUUAAUGCUGUUUCAUAAUGGUCGACCGGCUGCCAAAUUCAAUGAAUCUGAGUAUACUCUAGAAGCAUUCAGUAAAUUCGUCAACAAGUAUACCGGUUUGGAACCGCGGAACAUGCUGUUCGUCAAGUCGGCGGACUUCCUCGGGCCGGUGUCGAGCGUCCCGACCAAGGAGACGGACUACUGCCUGGUGCUGUCGUGGCUGUUCAUCGCUGUGUGCGCGGGCUACUUCUUCGGCCGGUCCUCGUGGUGGCGGUGGCUCGUCGAGGCCGCGCUGAACACGUGGCGCGAGUCCGAGGCCCAUCACGAGCACGACGAUUAGCGACUCUCUCACUCUCUCUCUCACUCUCUCUCAGUGAGACGUGCAUGCGUUUUAACAUGCAUCAGCUGGAGGCCGAACUGGAGUGUGGUCCGUCUCACGCUUAGAUUGCAGUACCGAGUAAAUGGCAAACAAUGUUGCCAAAUUGCUACUAUCAUGCUUGUUAUCAUUAAAAAUUCUUAUUUUGUAUACCAUCA